AUGGCGGAGACCGGGUCAGCGAAGCAUGAUAACGGGGUCGAACACCACGCCACUGCUCUGGCUCUGGGCAGCGACAUCGGCGCCAGAGUCAUCAACAAGACGACCGAGAGACAGUACGUCUGGAAACUGGAUCUGACCCUGUUGCCGCUUCUUGCCAUCAUCUACUUCACUCAUUCGCUAGACCGGGCGAAUCUGGGCAACGCCAAAACCGCCAACUUUGAGAAAGAUGUCGGUCUUCGCGACAACCAGUACUCGCUCAUACUGGUCCUGUUCUACAUCCCAUACGGGACGCUCAACAUACCACUCACGGUUCUCGCUCGGCGCUUUAACCCGGCAGUCGUGAUACCGGUGUUGAUGUUCUGCUGGGGCUUGAUAGCAGCCGCUUCCGCUUCCGUGACGAAUUUCGGUGGCAUCCUGGCGGCGCGCAUUUGCCUGGGAGUUGUCGAGGCCGGCUUCUUUCCCAGCGCCAUCUUCUACCUGACGCUGUUCUACACGCCGGCCGAGAUCGCCAAGCGCAUCAGUCUGUUCUACAUGAUGGGCUUCGUGGCGAACGCCUUCAGUGGCCUGAUCGCGUGGAGCGUGUUCCAAUGGCACAAGCCACUUCAUAACUGGCAGUACCUCUUCAUAAUAGAGGGCUGUAUGACUUGCGCUCUCGCCAUCGUCGCCUUCUUUCUCCUCCCUCGCACCGUCGAGUCGUCGCGGUACUUCAGCGCGUCCGAGAAAGCAGUGGCCCGUCAUCGCGCCGGGCCAUCAGCUCAGCUAGAGUCGGAGGACUUUUCAUGGCGCUCGACACUGCUGCCUCUAAAGGAACCCCAGACCUGGCUUUAUGGCGCGAUGGCGUUGUCUUAUGGUGUGGCCUGUGCUUCCGUGUCCAACUUCUUGCCCACGAUGAUCAAGCGGCUGGCGACAGACACCGUGAAGACGAACCUGUACACGAUCGCGCCGAAUCUGUCGGGUGCUGUGUUCAUUAUCAUGAUGUGUACGCUGUCGGACUACUUCCAGCAGCGUGCCUUGUUCAUCAUCCUCGGCACCGUGGUGAGCAUGAUCGGUUUCAUCCUGCUGGGGUCGCUGGACCUCACGCGCCUCGUCGGGGUUGGGUACUUCUGCACGUUCCUCAUCACGUUUGGCACGUUCACGUCCGCUGUUUUGGUGCCGGCCUGGGCUUCGGGAAACACGGUCUCGCGCUCGGGACGCGCAACGACGCUUGGACUCAUUGCCGGGCUUCAGAACCUGGGCGGCAUUAUUAGUAGCGUUGCAUUCCGAUCAGAGGAUGCGCCGGUAUAUAGACCGGCCUUGAUCACGAGUGGUGUUUUCCAGGCGUGCGUAGUGCUCCUUGCGGGUGCCGGGUGGGCAUGGUAUAGGCAAGAGAACAGGAAGGCAGGACAGAGUGGCAACGCUGCUCGAUAUGUGCUAUAA